ACAACCCUAUUCGAUGCAAUUAAUAAAACACGAAACAUGUCACCGAUUAUGAAAAUAAAGUUUGUUUAUUUUUUGUGGAAAACUUGUCACUUUAAUCAUUAUCUUCAUCGUUCCGUUACUGCUCGUUGCAUCGUCACACCAGAAAAAAAUUAUUUAAGCAUCGUUAAAUUAACUUGUCACGGCUACAGUAUGUGCUUAUCACCCACUGCCGUAAUUAUUCAUAUCCAUAACAUUCAAACAGCCAGACCCGAAAGGCAAAAUUACCGCUAUCCCAUUGCAAUCCAUCGUUAAUCAUGCUGACAAACCAUCAACUGGUGAAAACUAUCGGAAGAUGUGUGAUUCAACCGUUGCAACGAUUUGGUGUGAUACCCUUGUCGUGGGAUCCUUACCGGAAGCAGUUCCAGCGAUCACGAUGGCUCACCCUAGCGUCGGUUGUUUUUGCCUUACUCUUCACCGCUGGGAUGCCACUGCCGUUGUGGUACAUGAUCAUCGCUAUACCCUAUAGUGGAUCAGGACUUAGUGCCCAUUUGGUCUCUGUACAAAUAAUUGUGUUUUACGUGAUACUACCAUUUGCGUACGCAUCUCUGUUUAUCAACUUUCGUCAGGUGGUACUGAGCCUGAACAAUUUAGCCAUGGUUUAUUAUGUAGUAGUUGAGGAUAUAAAUCAAAUAGAUAGAAACCUUCUAAAAAAAUACCUUUUAAAAAUUAUUGUAGUGGAUAUAAUUUUGUUUUCUGUUGUUUAUACUCUGUACAUACCGUACGGAAUAGGCAAAAACUAUUUGCUAUUGAUUUCGUGGAUUUGCAAUGCCGUAAACAAUUUCGUGGUUAUGAUGGUUUUAAAUAUGCUGCAAGUAACUGCUGUGUACGGAUCUGCGAUGUUUUGGAACAUUAACACAAAAGUUUCAGAAAUACUGGACCAUCUGUGCCAUUUCUACGUGGGAGAAUUAUUUUGGAAGCUACGAAAUCAGCAAAAGUUGGAGUACCGUCGAAAUAUAGCUAACAAAAUAGAUGAAUUGUGCUUCCUACAUAGAGUGCUUGAUUCGAACGUACAACGGCUGAUAUGUGCCUUCAGUUUUCCGCUACUAGCCAUUUUUCUGUUUCUGUUCAUCACAAUACUAUCAGAUAUGUACUAUGACUUCGUUCUUUUAUUAAAAGAAACUGAAACAGGAAGAGACCUCAGCAUCGGUCAAACCGUAAGCUCUGCACUACUCCUGUUGGUGUGCCUACUCCAAUUCUUCUAUGCAAUUUCAUUUUGUGCCCUAUUCACUGGAAGAGCUGAAAAAACGGGACUCUUACUGACGAAACUUUUCCAAUCGGACUUAGGACACCGCAUCGAACUUAGUAUAAAUGUUUUCACCCUUGAAACGUUGCACCACAAUUACAGUAUACGUUUGUUCGGUCUUUUUUCGUUGGAUUUUACCUUUAUGUAUGCGACUGCCGCAACUAUGAUAAGCUAUCUUGUGCUGCUGGUUCAAUUUGGAUUGGCGGAAUAGAGUCCAAGAACACGGCUAAAUUUUCUGAGUUCACAAGUUCAAACAAACGAGAAAUAAGCAAUACACAAAUAGUGGCCAUCGUAAACAUUUUGCACCAGUCCAAUAGAUAAACAUCUGGUGAAAAAGACGAUAUUGUUCCCCAAACCAAACCCAAUUGACAAUAUGAUAUCUUGGAUUGAUGCCGCAUAGAUUUCUUCAUUCUGGGCGUUAGGACUUUGCUGCAAUGCAACACAAGUUUUUGGCAUCAUUUAAAAAAUAAGCAGAAGGUUGUAUCCAAGGCACAACCGCGUGACUGACAUUAAAUAACGCGCAU